AUGGCUUCUAAAAUCGCAGUAAUUGGCGAUGUAAACGGCCACUUCCCAGCCGUUCUCCAGAAGCUUGCGAAUCUGCACGCCAAACAAAACUUCGCUUUGGUCAUCAUUGCUGGCAAUCUAUUUGCCAGUCCCUCAGAGGCGACCGAAGAAGACGAGAAAAAUGUUCAGAAUCUGAUCAAUGGAAAGAUUGAAAUACCUGUCCCGACCUACUUCGCUCUUGGCAGCAAUGCCUUUCCCAAAGAAGUGGUUGACAAACUCUCAUCCUCUGAUGACGAUCUAUGUCACAACUUACAUUUCCUUGGGAAGCGAACGACUAUGAAAACCGCGGAAGGAAUCCGCAUUGUGGCUCUCGGCGGCCAGUUGGACCCCAACAUCAUCGCUGGACAGUCGCAAGACAAAUAUCCACCCUUCUAUAGCGACACAGAUGCAAAGGUUCUGCGUGGCGCUACCACAGCCGAUAUCCUCGUAACCGGAGAGUGGCCAGAAGGCAUCCGCUCAAGGUCAAAGGUCGCUUUCAGCGCGGACAUACAGCCCCGAGAACAGCAAUGCAUCGCUGACCUCGACAUGGUGUUAAAACCACGGUAUCACUUCUCAACAUCAGGCCCCGUCUACUACGAGCGUGAACCUUUCUUCCACAUGCCCGGUGAAGAAACGGAUAACCUCACUCCCGUAACUCGCUUCAUCAGCCUCGCUUCAUACGGCAACCCCAACAAGCAAAAGUGGAUAUACGCCUUCUCCCUGGACCCUACCGCAAGCCACCCCAUCUCCCCACCCUCCGGCUCCACCAUCAACCCUCUCAUCCACUCCGACAGGAAGCGUCCCGCGCCCGAUCACAGAGAGCAGGCGCUCGUGUACGAUGACGGACGGCACGGCGGCCGCAGGGGAAACAAAAGGCGGAAGCACGAAGCAAAAGGACCAAUCGACGCAUCACAAUGUUUCUUCUGUCUCUCAAACGACAACAUUGCGACCCACCUCGUCUCUUCCAUCGGCGAGAGCGCUUACAUGACGACUGCCAAAGGCCCGCUUCCGACCUCGCAGACCUUCCCGAAGUUAGGCUUCCCUUGCCAUCUGCUCAUCAUACCAUUCAGCCAUCAGCCGACGCUGGCGUCCAUGGAGGAAGAGGAGCGCCAGGCUACAUAUGCAGAAAUGCAGAAGUAUAGGACGUCGAUGAAUAAGAUGCUGCACGCGCAAGGGGAGGGAGAGUACGGCUCUGUCACGUGGGAGGUCAGCAAAGCGAGCUUGCCGCAUACACAUUGGCAGUACAUGCCUGUACCCGCCGAUCUCAUCCAGAAAGGACUCGUGGAAGCGGCGUUCAAGGCGUUAGCAGAGAACUUCCAUUGGCCCAGUUUCACAAAGGAAGACGUGGGCGACGGCUUCGAGGAGACGAGCGACUUCUUCAGGGUGUUGAUCUGGGACCCGAAGAACAGUCCGGAGAAGCAGACUAGCUUCAUCCUGCGGUUCGACGAGAAGAUCAAAUUCCACCUGCAGUUCGGACGGGAAGUGCUCGCGAAGCUGCUCCGUCUGGACCAGCGCGUCGAUUGGAGGAAUUGCGCGCAACACCAGCCCGAGGAGGAAAAAGAUGUGGAGAACUUCAAGAAGGCUUUCAAGGAUUUUGAUUUCACUGAAGGCUAG